AUGUUUAGAUCUCGCAAAUCCUCCGUCUCGCAGAUAUCUCCCCUCGAACCCCCCCAGCAGAGCCGAACAAGCAUGCAGCCCACCCCGCCCAACUCGGCCCCAGGCCAGGUGCCGCAGGGGCAGGGCCGUCCACCCCGUCCCCCUACCCAAGGCCCCCGCCGCCCAGGCUCGUUCGACGCCAACCCUCCGCAGCCUGCAUUUGCGGGCGGACCGAAGAUGGAUCGCGUGCAGAGCCACGACCAAGGGAGUGCCAAGGGGGAGAAGAGGCGGAGCGGGUUCUUUGGAUUCGGGGGCAAGAAGAAGGACAAGGCGGAGAAGGGGCAGAAGCGGGAGGACGUCGAUAAACCUCGCUCGUCCUUCUCCAUAGAUCGCCCAUCCACCCAGCUCGCCUCGCGCCCAGUCCCGCCGUCCGCCUCCCAGCGCUUUCCCCAGGGACAAGGCCAGCCGCAGCCUCCUUCUCAACCGCGGCCGUUUGCUCGAGAUCAAGGUCCUACACCGCCUCCCCAGCAACAACAGCAGAUUCCAGCUGCCGCGAACGACGGUCAACGAUCCCAGAGCUUGGAGAUCUCAAGAAACCACCAGCAGGCGGUGAACGGACAGCAACGGUCGUCGCCCCUUGUACCCCCAGAGACUUUGCAGCGACCCCAAACAGGGAUGCCGGCAAAGCAAUCUGUGCCAAGGUCGGUCUCGAUGCCGAUGGCGCCUCCAGCGCCUGGCACGACCCCCAACGGUGGCAGCGGCUCCCCUCGUCGGGCCUCUCUCUUUGGCAGCGGCAGCACCGCUCAAGACCCAAACGCUCGAGGCCCUUUCGAGUCUGGCAAUAUCAACACUGAAAAGUUCCAGGCCAUCCUCGAGCUCAUCGCCCUCCAGCCCCAAAAGACAUACGUGACGUCCCCGCCAGAGCUCGAGAUGAUUCUCGCGAGGACGAGUGCCGGUGGGCAGCCCAAGCUGGGACAGCCCGGGAGUCCGAGUAAUGAUUGGGAUGCGGUUUGGUUGCAACUUUCCGGAAUCUCGCUUUCCAUGUGGUCCAUGAAGGAGACACGAGCUGCUGCUGCUAAAGGCGACAAGGUGCCUCCGACUUACUUCAACAUUACCGACUCUUCCCUCGAGCUUCUCGCCCCCCUCCCGCCUCCCCCUCACCGACCAAACUCUCGUCCGCACAACUUUGUCUACUCUCUCAACACUGCGGGGUCGAACCGACUCUUGUUUUCGAGUCCUACCGAGCGUGACCUCGCCCGAUGGGUGUCUGGACUCCGGCUCGCGGCGUGGGAGAGGGCAAGGUUGGAGGAGAUCUACACUGGUCAUCUGGUCCAGUAUGGUGAGCGCGAGCCGCCCGUCGAGGUGGGCAAAGGCCGAUCAAAGAUGGAAGGUUGGGUUCGAGUACGUGUCAUGGGUGGGACCGACUGGAGGCGGCUUUGGGCUGUUUUGAGUACGCCCGGGGAGGAGGGCGCCAAGGACGAAGGAAAACAUAGGCGAAGGAGUUUCUUUGGGAUCGGAGGCAAGGAAGAAGAGCCGGCGCCACAAGAGCCCAACACUGGAGUUUCCAUGGCUGCAUUUUAUACCGAGCCGAGGACCGCAAAGAACAAGACUAGUGUCACGCCUGUUUUGACGAUCACCAAUGUCUCUCAGGCCUACGCAGUCUUCCCCGAGCAUCUCGAGGUGAUGGUCCAAUCCAACCUCUGUAAAGUCGUCGGUCGCGUCAGCGGAGACAUGGUCACUAUCGAAGGUCGUCUCCGCGACUCUGGCUGGGCUCUGCUCAUGCCCGAGACUCCCGGAGAAGGCAGCGAUAGAGGUCACGGAUCUUCUUCCAGUCAAGGCCACGGGCAGAGCUCUGGGGUGUCGCCUUUGGGCAACAUGAUGCGUUGGGUCACUGGCUUCCAUGAUGCGUUUGCGCUCUAUGGAAGACCGGAAAAAUACAACUGGAACCCAAGGGACCCGAAGAGUCUGUUCUUUGCCUAUCCCCAGGGCCCGCAUCGAGGAAACCUCUUUUUGACCGUGGACGAAGCCUUGCGAGGAGAUUUCCGUGUCACUUCACUCGCCGAAGUUCGUGCUCAGCUCGUGCACCUCGUCCACCGCCGUCUUGCUGGUGGCAUUCAAGAGCAUAUCGAGGAAGAAUCCGGCGAGGAUGAAGAGCACGAGCGCGAGAUGCCGCAGGAACAAGGCAACUUCCGUCUCCCACCUCUUUCUUUCAACGAGCUACACGACAACGAGGAGCGAAACAUGCCACGAUCCUUGACGCCCAUCACCGAGAGGACGGAUGUGACGAGGCAAAACAGUACGAAGACUAGCAAGUCUGGGCUUACUAUUGCCGGCAUGGGCUCUCCUCCGAGUGGCACCACUGCUCAAGGGGACAGAAAGACGAGCGGGGGUAGCUCCAAACAUGGCAGCCAGUCGAGCAAGCAUUCUGAUUUCGGUAUCGUGCCCAUGUCUAAUGACGGCUUUGCCCCUCUCACAGAAGAACCUGGAGAAGUGUACUCCUCAAACGGCUCUGGAUCCCACUCGGGUGCGACCAUUACUCCCCAGCCUCCAGUGAACCCUCUUCCUGGUUUCGGUGUACUCGACAGGCAUGACAAACAGGUCACUCCCUCUUCCAUUGCUAGCAAGACUUCAGAGAGCGUCUAUUCGCAGGAGACGGGGUUGACGCCUGUUGCGCCAAGCAAUGCGUCUUACUAUAGUGCCAAACCUUCAGUGGACGGCCACGGGCCUCAACAGACCAAUUUCCCUGUGCCAGUCCAGAAUGGUCAGUCUAUGGCGCUCGCUCCCCCUGUGGAAGUCCCUACGGAGCAACCUGUCUCCUCGGCUUCAGGGCCUGAAGAAAGGCCUCCUCUUCCUCCGUUUGCAUCGGAACGCUCUUCAGAGGUGCUCUCGCCGACUCCACGCAAGGUUUCGUCCGGUGAACCUCUUCCCCAUGGAAUAGAGUUGGCCCAGGAGCCAGCGGCAAUGUACUUGAUGAACAUGGUCGAGGAGCCGCCUGUGCCCGAGCCUCCUCAGCGCAUCACAUCAGCUUCUCCGCCUACCAACGGUGCCCAUGUGAAUGGGAACCAGCUGCAGAGGAAACCUUCAGGUGCCAGGGCUUUGCCUGUCAGACAGCAGAGUGCGGAGCCCAAGCUGUACAACAUUCAAGACAGGCCUAGCGAAGAUGCCCAGGCGGCCAAUCCUGAACUGGGAGAAGACUUUUCAUCAUACAUGAAUUAUGCCGACAAUCCUACACCUGUCCAACCCAGAGUUGCGCCUGCCCCUACCCGACCUCUUCCUGCCAAGGCUGUCUCGCCUCCUCAGGAACAGGUCAAGUCGAGCUUUGCUCCGAGUCGUGCGGUGCGCGAGCGACGUGCAAAGGCAGAACAAGAUGCAAAGGAUCAAGAGAUGGCCAAAUACAAGCCUGGCGGGGGGAAGCGAAUCGUGAGCACUAGGAGCACCAUGCCAGAAUUCGAAAGUUCGGAUGAGGAUGAAGAGGAAGAGGAGGAAGAAAGCGAAAACGAAGCUCCCGCUGCGCAGAAGAAGACUUCUCUACCGGUUUCUCCUGGCCAGGUCGCGCCUGUUCGAGGCGGACAGCUGGGACUCGAGGGUCUUCCUCGUGAACGCCAAACGUCCAUGGAUGCGAGAGCUCUUCCGCCCGUUCCCGUCCCCGCAAAUCAGGCUCCCGACCUCCGCCUGCCUUUCGAAGACCCUGACGCUCGAUCUCGAGUCGAUAGUCAAUACAGCCAGCACAGUCAACGCUCAAGUGGCUAUGAUCCUCGUGCCAAUCAAUACAUGGACCGGCCUCGCAACGCAUCGCGCACGCCCAGUCCUUCGAAUGGCCCUCCAGGUGCCGGCAGACCUGGAUCCAAUUAUCAUGGGAACGGCGCCGUCUAUCCCAUGUCUGGACCUCGCCAAUCUUCCAACAUUGCCCCGCCUCCUGCCACCCGCCAAAGUGUGUGGAACGCCAACUUUUCCGCUCAGCAUGGUAUGGAAGAGAAUACAAAGUCUGGCAAAUUUGUCGACCUGGAAGAACCUUCUGUUCAUCUUACCAAGGCAUUCGCGCCUCACGGGCUGCUUCAGGCCGGUAUACAGGACAAAGAAGAGAGGUCGGCAAAGAAACAGGAGGAAUUGGCUAGAGAGACGGGCAGCAGUCUCAUCGAUGUUCCCUCCAAGCCGCCUCCCCCUCAGGCGGGACUGUUGGGCGCUGUGACAGCGCAUGAGAGGGACAGAAAGAAUGCUGGUGGUAUUGGUGCCACAUUGACUGAUAGAGAGAGAGAAAAGAGGUUGGCUGAAGAAAAGCAGCGAGAGUUCGACCGACUCCAGCGUCAACAGAUGGGUCAAUUCGGCGGGGAUAUGUAUCCUCAGCAAGGCUUCGGCCAACAGGGGUAUGGCUACGGGAUGGGCAAUGCUAUGAUGAACCAGAUGCCUAUGAUGGGUUAUCCUUACCAAGGAGGCUUCAAUCCUUACGCUCAGGCUCAGCAACAAGCCAUGAUGGCUGCCCAGAUGGCGUAUCAACAGACCAUUAUGACAAUGUCGCAAGCCGGCUCUCAAGCUGGUGAUCCUCACGAGCGAGCUCAAUCUGCCCAGUCUCGUCAUCGACAGCCCUCUGGGUUCAGCGAUGACCGCUCUGGUUCUCCCAGCGCCAGCCAGAUGGGCGGUAUCCCGACUCUCUAUGGCGGUUUCCCGCAGGGCGCCAUGGGUAUGGGUAUGAACGGUAUGGGCAUGCCCAUGCAGAUGCAGAUGCCACAAAUGCCCUGGAUGAUGCCCGGAGGCGGGAUGCCAAGCCCCGGGAUGUGGGGAAUGCCUGGGGUGCCCAGCUCGGCUGCUCAAGGAAGCCCAAAUUUUGGCUUUAUGCACCCCAGCGCGCCUGGUGGGGUUGGUAGCGAUGCAGGCAGUAUGAGAGGAAGUCCGAUGGGAGGAGAGGAGGGUGGCCAGAAGUUUAAUUGA